AAAUCGAAGCAAUGAAAAAUAUUGGAGUAGAUGUUUCGUUAUUACAAAAUAAGUAUCAAAUUGUCAAUAACAUUGUUUCUGCAGAUAUAAUAAAAUCCAGCAGUCUGGCUAAACAAUUGAAAUCAUUAAUGAAUGAUUUUGUUAUAAUGGAAGAAUAUUUUUUUAGAAAAGCAAUUGAAAAAGCAAUGUCUAUUGAUAAUUACGAAGAAGUAAAUAAAACAUCAAGUUGUGUUGGAGAUGUUUUCUAUAUAUUAAAAGAAUGUUUAAACAGAGCAAUUUCAACAUCCAAUGUUGACUGUUUAACAACAAUUGUCAAUCAAAUUAUACAAAGUUUAGAAAAUGAUUAUAUUACUUUAAUUCAAAGAAGACUUUUUACUUCGUUUGCUGCAACUGAAUCAAAGGAUGCAAAAAUGGGAUACAUGAUUUUAUUAAAUAAUUUAGAUGUUAGUUGUGAUUAUAUGCAAAGAUUAACAUCUGAAUUAACUUCAUUACCAUCAAUUGUUGAAGAAGAUUAUGAAAAAAUUCAAAAAAGUUUUAAUUGGUUAAGUGAAUCAACACUCAAUAAAUUCACACAAAUCUUACAA